UGCAGCAUAAUAGAAAUUGGGAGAAAGGAGGUGGAAUUUAGAUGUGUGACCUGCCCCGUAGCUUUCGUGCUCUCUGCAUUUAUCACAUCACAUCACACCCAGCAAGACAGCCCCCUCCUCCUGGCUCAUUAGGAGAUUUGGUUCGGCGUGGCUCCUGCUGUCAGCAGCUGUCUGGGGCGAGGUCUUUAUGCUCCCUGCUCCCUGAGCGGCAACCAGCCUUCAGCGGGCAGCGGAGCUCAUUAGAAGGGGGCCCCCUGGACACUGGAUUUCAGUGGCGGCAGGAAAGAGUUAAUGCCUCCGGCUUCGCUGCCCCCUGCACAGCCUCUGGGUGCAGAGGGAGGCAGCUCUGGGCUGUGGGGACUUCUCCCUGAGCUUCAGCCAAAGAAGCAGGGGAGCAGCUUCGCGAAGCAGAGGAGGAAGAGCUCCUUCACCCGCAGCCUCUCUGACCAUCCCGUUGGCAGAGACCCGCAGGCCAUGAGGACCGGUCAAAGACAGAACAAAGGGAUGAGGACUCGACUGGGAUGCCUGUCUCACAAGUCAGACUCGUGUAGUGAUUUCACAGCGAUUCUUCCUGACAAGCCCAACCGUGCUCUGAAGAGACUUUCCACAGAAGAAGCCACCAGGUGGGCCGAUUCCUUUGACGUGCUUCUCUCCCAUAAGUAUGGGGUGGCUGCAUUCCUCGCCUUCUUGAAGACGGAGUUCAGCGAGGAGAACCUGGAAUUCUGGUUGGCCUGUGAGGAGUUCAAGAAGACCAGGUCAACUGCAAAACUGGUCUCCAAGGCCCAUAGGAUUUUUGAGGAGUUUGUGGAUGUGCAGGCUCCGAGGGAGGUAAACAUAGACUUCCAGACUCGAGAGGCCACGAGGAAGAACAUGCAAGAGCCAUCCCUGACUUGCUUUGACCAAGCGCAGGGCAAAGUACACAGCCUCAUGGAGAAAGACUCUUACCCCAGGUUCCUGAGGUCCAAGAUGUACUUAGAUUUGCUGUCCCAAAGCCAGAGGAGGCUCAGCUAGACCUCAGAUGGGGACUCUUGGAGAUCGCUGGCUUUCCCCGCCCCUUGCUGCCAAGACCAUAUUCUAAUGUGAAAUGUCAGGGGUGUUCUAAAGCAGUGGUGUUUAGGUUGGGAGGCUGGGGUGAGGAGGGGAUGAGGGGCCAUUCCAAAGUGUAAUUCAGUCACCAGAACUGGGAUUCUAUUUUAUUUACUCAUGUUUAUGUUUCGGUUAGUGGUAGCACCUGGCUGCACUCAUCCUUCUCUGGGUCAGCAACUUGCCCUCCAUAAUGCCUUGGGUCAUCUCCGCUGAGAAGGCAGAUUCGCUAGGCCGGACUAACCUGUAAAUAAUAGAAAUGCAGUUUCCAUACCUUCCAUACCCGCCUCAGUUAGGAUUCCCGACACUCUAACUUGUCCUAUACCCCUGUGAGGAAGAGUUAGAAGACUGGCUCACACCUGUGAUUUGCUAUCACAGUGUAACAGCCAGUUCCGGGUGUUGGGGCCUCACAGUUUAGGAGAGAGGUCUCUGUGGAAUCCUGGGUCUCUAGAACUAUCAUUGAUAGGUGACCCCUGGGAGAAGGGGCAAACUCCAUGGAGUUGGCUGUUUCUUCCAUUUCCAUAGGACCAGUGUGCAAAGCUGUGCUCACUGCCUAUCUUAGUCUAGGAUAUUCACAAGACUCCCCUACCCUUGCAAGACCCUUCCAGAAAGGGUCUUGGGAGAUGUCCCUCACAGCUUCUGAUGCAGAGCUGUUAUUAAGAAAGAUACAGCUUGCCUAUCUUCCUACCUUCUACCAAGAAGUUUCCCAGAAGUUGAACAACCAGGAAAUGUAGCAUCAGUAGACCUUUCUGCAGUGGGGCACCAUAUAACCUUUCUGCUGCUUAAUGUACUCUCUGCCCUCGCUUCCCUGUGGCAUCACACAUCACCGAUCUCUUAGAAUGACAGACAGCUUGGCAAAGGGAGGCGAAUUCCCAUAGCAUGGACAGCUCUCACGGUGCCUACUGCUCUCCCUGUCUCUCUCUGUCCCCCCUCCCAUGCAGGUCAUGUAGUUAUGAUGGGGGAGAAUGGGAACUUAGGCCAUAACUCUUUCCCAGCUUGCUUCCUGGGAGCGCGCUUUCUUAGAAAGGCCCUUCUCAUGAGGGCCACCUUGGCUAUUCAGCAGCUUCCUUUUCGAUUUCUGACCUUUUGGGAUUGAACAUGAGGCUAAGAAGAUCACUGUGAACAUUUGCUUGUGGAGAACCUUCCUAAAAUGCUUUCCUGGUACCCUGGGGCUGCUCUUGGAAAUAUGUCUAGAAAGUCUUUCUUAGAGGAAGAACGAGGCACAUGGAACCUGCUCUAGCUGCCCAGGAAAGAAGCUGACUCUGGCACAAGACUGCGGUGCCAAGGAGAUGAAUCCUCAGCAGAGAGACCAGAAACUGGAAGAGGGCCCUGGAAGAGACUGGCCUCUGGGUGAACUGGAUCACAGAGAAUGUGGCGAAGGAACCACUGGGAUCAUUCAAAGUCAAUGGAUUGGGGGGAUGGCAGGUCUCCAAAACGUUUAGUUUGACUAAAUGGAACAGCAUCUGACUAGAUGUAAGCCCUGGAGGGCAGGUGAUUGAGAACUGGGCUGUAGCAUUCUCCUCCUGUGGGGUGAUGGGCCUUUUUAGACAUGCGGGGGUCCCAGUGUUUCCAUUCCUGUCCAGAACUGUGCGAAUCUCUUCCUUCCUGGGCUGCAGCUAGACAAGGCCAGGAAGGCUCUCGAGUCCCACUGGUGUGGGGCGCACUGCCCUGCCAUGGCACAUCGUAUCCAUGAGUGAGGAUUGGUGUGCCGGUAUGAACCACCGAGGAGAAAGAGAACUCAUGCCUAUAGUUCUCACACGGGAGACACCAGUGGAAUUUCAUGUUCAAGAACUCUGAAGCCUCAAGUGGUGUUUCUAGUUAGAUCAGGAAGUAAGUAUUCCCUUGCCCCCACUAGUAAAAAAAAAAAACCAUCCGUAGCUAAAGCUGCCAGGAUUAAUGUAAUGAUCAAAUUCUCAAACAGGGUAUUUUAAACAUUGUUUACAUACGAAAUGUGCAUCUGCUGCCAACUCUACUGUCGAAAAUGAGGUGCAUAGAAAUUGGAACAGCACGGAGUUAUGGAAAUCUGAAACGUUCUAAGAGGGGCCUUUUUACCACUUCCACUAUCCCCAGGAGACAAGUCUGAACAAGAGUGUUGUGCGGUGGCCUCACUGGGGCCCUAGAGUUCUUGCCAACUGUUGGUGGAAUGAAGGCUUCAGAUGGUGGUGUCAUGGCGCCUGGUGACUUCCUCCCACGAUGGGGAGGCAUGAAGGACCAUCCUGAAUGUUGCCACUAAGGGAGGGUAUGUGGGCAUGUGUGGAGGAACAUGAUCGCU